GUGCGUGUUACCUUCACUUGUCACUAGAAUUGUCACUUCACAGGAAAACUCGUGUUGUGUUUAAUAGAGUUUUGUUUUUAAUUUUGUAAACGAAGACUAAAUAUGGGUUCCGUUGAAGAAUUGAGGUUAAGGGUUAAAGAACUAGAGCGCCUUUUAAAUGAAGAGAAAAAUAAAAGUAAGGAGGCCGGUUGUGUCCGAGAAAAAAUCACACAUAUGUCAUCAGAAGUUGUCGAUUCUAACCCAUACAGCCGCCUGAUGGCGCUGAAGCGGAUGGGCAUAGUGGACAACUACGAGAAGAUUCGAGAGUUUGCGGUGGCAGUGGUGGGGGUGGGAGGCGUCGGGAGCGUCACCGCGGAGAUGCUCACCAGGUGCGGCAUCGGCAAGCUGGUGCUGUUCGACUACGACAAGGUGGAGCUGGCGAACAUGAACCGGCUGUUCUUCCAGCCGCACCAGGCCGGCUUGUCCAAGGUGGAAGCCGCCGCGAGGACCCUCGCUGCGAUCAACCCCGACGUGUCCAUAGAGACUCACAACUACAACAUCACGACGGUGGAUAACUUCAAGCACUUCAUGGACACUAUUAGCCGCGGCAGCCUGUCGGGGGGCCCCGUGGACCUGGUGCUGAGCUGCGUCGACAACUUCGAGGCCCGGAUGGCCAUCAACACGGCCUGCAACGAACUCAGCAUGUCCUGGUUCGAGUCCGGCGUGUCGGAAAACGCCGUCUCGGGCCACAUACAGUUCAUAGUCCCGGGACACAGCGCCUGUUUCGCAUGCGCUCCCCCGCUGGUGGUGGCCUCCAACAUCGAUGAGAGGACCCUGAAGCGGGACGGGGUGUGUGCCGCCAGCCUGCCCACCACCAUGGGCAUAGUCGCCGGCUUCCUCGUCCAGAACACGCUCAAGCACCUGCUGGGCUUCGGCCAGGUGACGUACUACCUGGGCUACAGCGCGCUCACCGACUUCUUCCCCACGAUGCAGCUGCGGCCCAACCCGGGGUGCGACGACGCCUGGUGCCGGCAGCGGCAGGCGGAGCACCUGGCCCGGCCCCGCCGGCCCGAGCCGGACGCCCCGGCCGCGGGCGACCAGGCCGUGGUGCACGAGGACAACCAGUGGGGGAUCUGCCUGGUCGGCGACGACGCCCCGGGGGCGGAAGAGGACGACGCGGCCCCGCUCGGCCUGGUCGCCGGGGUCACCACCGCCUACACCGUGCCGGCCCCCGGGACCGGGGCGGAGUCCCAGGAGCUGGACACCACGCUGAGCCUCGACGAGCUCAUGGCGCAGAUGAAGAGCAUUUGAACCACGACUUAUCUCCUCGCUACGUUAACUCACGGCGUAACCUCGAUUUUACAGCACUUUUUGUUUUGUAAAAGGAUAUGCCCGAGUUUCACAUUCCAAGUUUGGAUAUAACGCUAAUACAAAUUCAAUACGAAUAUUUAAUUUGAAUAAUAAAAGUUGUGGAAAUUUUGUUUUAAAUGUUUUUAUGAUACAUAGACAAACGUAUGUUUUUAAAUUUUUUUCAAUCAUACAAUAAGUGCCAAGGCCCCCCCCCCCCCCCCCCCAAAAAAAAAACUCUUAAUUUCUCAUAUUUUGGCUCAGUUCACCAGUUCCCUACAAUGAUUGUAUAUAUAAAACAGUUUCCCUAAGCACAGUGAAUAAUAUCUUGGCACGUUUGCACUACCUUGUUCUAUGGUUGUGAAAUUGAGGUCAGGCUGCCCAGAACGUAAACUUGGUGAGAUUGUAAGAAAAAACAAAUGAACAUUCAUCUUCAAGAUGUAAUUUUUGUUGUUUGAACUGUGAUAUUGGACAUCAUGCGGAAAGAAUACACAAUUUGUGAAGUUGUAUUUAGCGUAGAAUCGCCUAAUUUUACUUUUUCCUGAAUUUUUUAAAUUUUUUAUGUAAGUUAAGUUUGGUUACUACAGAAUGUGUUGACUUUGUGAGAUGAGGUUUAAAUUGUAUUUUUUUAAAUGUGAAUAUUAAGGGAUAUGUCUAAUGCGUAGAUACAAGAUUUUAUGGUUUAGUUUUAAGGCCAAUUUUGUUAUUAAAACAGAUUUUGGUGUUUACAUGUGCAGAGUUGUGGUUUGUUACGUGAUGUAGAUUGUGACGGAAACGUAAGCAUAUGUUUUUAAUUUUAAUAAUAAAAAAUUAGUUUUCUGGAAAUUUUUACUAUUAAAAAAAUGGGUUUUCCCGAAGUAUUAUCCCAUGUAGAAAAAUUUAUUUUCCCAAAGUUUAGGAAUAAUCUCUUUCCCAACUUUUGGGAUCCCAUUAACCUCUGAUAUAUAAACAAUUUGUAAUAAGCAUGUCUAAUUUCAGGGAAAAUAAAAUUUAAUCAAGUAUAUAUGUGAGUUCGUAAAAUGUUCCAAUGUAAAAAUUAAUCAUGAAUAAUAGUUGCAAUAUAAAAAAUUUUUUUUUCCCAAUGUAUUUAGUACAUGCUAAAUAAUUUACAGUCAUUGAAUUCAAUAUAUUAAAAGAUUAAAUUUUUGUAAUCUGAGAUGAGUUUUGAUUAAAUAUGCCGAUUAAUUUCACGAUUUGCUGCAUUCCGGUGCUUUAUGGUGCAUUGAUAUUCUUUUUUUCGGUGUCAUUUUGGAUCUAUCACAAUUCACCAUUUAAACUCGCCUUUACUAAUGGGCAACUGAAAUUAGUUAAAAGUUUUCUUAAAAAAAUUGAUGACUAUUAGACAUAUUUUGUAUUGUUAUAAAUACACAUUACAAAUCUUUGGGGAUCUUGGUAAUAUAAUCCUUUCCUUCGCUUUUGUUUCACAAGUCAGCAUUUUAUAUAAAUUUCUCCUGAUACUGCGUGAAGGGUGGAGGGAUGUGUGUGUGCUGAAGGUAUGAAUGGAUCCAUUUUCUUUUUGGAUUCAGUAUAUUAAAUUAUUUUUAUACAUUUUAGAUUUUACUAGUUUUUCCUUGUAUAUAUAAGUAACUACUGUUUGUACAAAAAAAAAAGAUAAAAAAAUUACAAUUAUAUUAUAAUUUA